ACGUGCUUGAGCCUGCCCGAAAAUGUUCUCCCGUGUUGUUGGGUUUCGGAGGAGCGCAGGACUUUGCGGUAGAAUAAGAGCUGUUAACCCAUGAAGGCGACAAAAACAUUCCGCAUGAUUGUAAACUGAAGGCCUUGACGUCUCCGCGGAGCAGCGAAACGGUGUUCGGGGGAAGUUUUCCCGGUGGUCGUUUUCUCCCGGAGUGAUGUCGAACCCCGGGACUCGGAGGAACGGUUCCAGCAUCAAGAUCCGACUGACAGUAUUAUGUGCCAAGAACCUCGCAAAGAAAGACUUCUUUCGUCUGCCAGAUCCUUUUGCCAAGGUGGUGGUGGACGGAUCAGGUCAAUGCCACUCAACAGACACAGUCAAGAGCACACUGGACCCCAAAUGGAACCAGCACUACGACCUCUACAUCGGGAAGACGGACUCGAUCACCAUCAGCAUAUGGAACCACAAGAAGAUCCAUAAGAGACAAGGGGCUGGCUUCUUGGGGUGUAUCCGACUUCUAUCAAACGCCAUCAGCAGACUAAAAGACACAGGAUACCAGCGUCUAGACCUUUGCAAGCUGAACCCCUCUGACAGUGAUGCAGUGAGAGGGCAGAUCGUAGUGAGUUUACAGACACGGGACCGCAUCGGCAGCGGGGGUCCAGUGGUGGACUGUCGGGGGCUGCUGGAGAACGAUGGGUGCGUAUGUGAUCCGUGCAGAGCCAGACCUCCUCAUGGAUGCAUCAGUGAAGAGCCUCUGCCCUACUCCGAUCCCACGGGGGCGGCCGGAGGCGGCAACUGUCGCCUGGACUCUCCCAGCCAAGAAAACAGACUCCAGUCUCAGCGGAUCAGAGGGCAGGAUUCUCGGGGUCACGGCCACACCCCACAGAGCAGACCUCAUGGUCACCAGCCACCGGACCUGCCCGAGGGCUAUGAGCAAAGGACGACGGUGCAAGGCCAGGUGUAUUUCCUCCACACGCAGACAGGUGUCAGCACAUGGCACGACCCCAGGAUACCCCGGGACCUGGCCAGCGUCAGCUGCGAAGAGCUAGGCCCGCUGCCGGUGGGCUGGGAGGUCCGCAGCACCGUGUCGGGUCGGAUCUACUUUGUGGACCACAACAACAGAACCACGCAGUUCACAGACCCGCGCUUGCACACCAUCAUCAGCCAACAGUCCCAGGUGAAGGAGUCGUCGCAGCCCCCCCAGAUGGAUGUGAGUGGGGAGGAUGGAGGAGGCGGAGGGGUGGGCGGCGGCGGUGGCUGUGGCGGCGACGGUGAUGUGGCAGCGCGGUACGAGCGGGACCUGGUGCACAAGCUGAAGCUACUGCGGCACGAGUUGUCGCUGCAGCAGCCCCAAGCUGGACACUGCCGCAUUGAAGUGUCCAGGGAGGAGAUCUUUGAGGAGUCGUACCGGCAGAUCAUGAAGAUGCGACCCAAGGACCUGAAGAAGCGGCUGAUGGUGAAGUUCCGGGGGGAGGAGGGUCUGGACUAUGGGGGCGUGGCCAGGGAGUGGCUCUACCUGCUGUGCCACGAGAUGUUGAACCCUUAUUACGGCCUCUUCCAGUAUUCCACCGACAACAUCUACACACUACAGAUCAACCCCGACUCCUCCAUCAACCCGGAUCACCUGUCCUAUUUCCACUUCGUGGGGCGCGUGAUGGGCCUGGCGGUGUUUCACGGCCACUACAUCAACGGCAGCUUCACGCUCCCCUUUUACAAGCAGCUCCUGGGCAAACCCAUCCAGCUCAGCGACCUGGAGACCACCGACCCCGAGCUGCACAAAAGCCUCGUCUGGAUCUUAGAGAACGACAUCACCUCGGUACUGGACCACACCUUCUGUGUGGAACACAACGCCUUCGGCAAGUUCCUCCAGCAUGAGCUCAAACCCAAUGGGCGGAACAUCCCGGUGACCGAGGAGAACAAGAAGGAGUAUGUCAGGCUUUACGUCAACUGGAGGUUCAUGCGGGGAAUCGAAGCCCAGUUUCUGGCUCUACAGAAAGGAUUCAGUGAGCUCAUCCCUCAACACCUGCUUAAACCUUUUGACCACAAAGAACUGGAGCUGAUCAUCGGAGGCCUGGGGAAAAUCGACCUGGCUGACUGGAAGAGCAACACGCGGCUGAAGCACUGCACCAGCGAGAGCAACGUGGUGCGGUGGUUCUGGCAGGCGGUGGAGGCCUUCAGCGAGGAGCGCAGGGGCCGACUGCUGCAGUUCGUCACCGGGUCCACUCGGGUCCCGCUGCAGGGGUUCAAGGCGCUGCAGGGUUCUACAGGUUCUGCAGGACCAAGGCUCUUCACCAUCCACUUGAUCGACGCCAACACAGACAACCUUCCCAAGGCUCACACCUGUUUCAACAGGAUCGAUGUCCCGCCCUACGAGUCCUACGAGAAGCUUUAUGAGAAACUGCUGACUGCGGUGGAGGAGACCUGCGGCUUCGCUGUGGAGUGAGCAAACCCGCCGGAGGAGCCGCACUUGCACACGACUAUUUUUCAAAUGUUUAUGCGCAUUUAUGGAACAUUGAGUGCACGGCGGGCCAGGGAGCGGCCGAGCGUGACCGGGAGACUGUUGCCAGGCGACCACAGGAUGAAGCACAGCGGCGCUGCAGGAAACUAAAGUAUUUUAAAGGUUUUUGAAAUGUUUUGAAGAAGCAUUUUUUAUGAAUCCUUUGGUUUGAACAAGCAAUGAUGUCAGUCAUCAGAAUGUCUGUCGCCACGGUGACUCCAAUCACACACACGCCAGUCUUUGGCCCAAACCGAACCGAGCCAGCGAACAGAGACUUCGGAAUCAGUACACAGCGGACUGUCUUUCUUUCUGACAAACUGAUGAGUAUUCAUGCUUCAUGUUUUUACCACUGUGGUGUCUGAGUGAGUGAGUCAUGCGUGUGUGUGUGUGUGUGUGUGUGUGUGUGUGUGUGUGUGUGUGUGUGUGUGUGUGUGUGUGUGUGUGUGUGUGUGUGUGUGUGUGUGUGUGUGUGUGUGUGUGUGUGUGUGUGUGUGUGUGUGUGUGUGUGUGUGUGUGUGUGUGUGUGUGUGUGUGUGUGUGUGUGUGUGUGUGGCACCCAAGGUUACCCUGUAAAAACGAUCAAAUGAGCCUGGUCCGUUGUUUUUUUUUUUUUUUUUUUUUUUUUGUCUCUUCCGUUUGCACCUGCGACCACUUUGAUCUACUCUGAUAUUUUAUUAUUUAUUACCAAGUGAUUACUGACCAAGCUGCUAUUGGCUCUACGAAGAGUUCUCACUAACACCUCCCACCCCCCUGCUCCUCGUACCAGAGUUCUAAGGUCAAUUAUCUUCUCCACAAAGUGGUUUUUAUUGAAUUUCAUAACUUUUUUAACAUUCAUAUUGAUGCAUAUUUGUGUGAGUGUAUGGAAGUUGUUCAUGUUGGUGUCGUUCAAUACCCUGUUACACUUGCUGACUCAAAAAGGACGACCCAAAUUCUGAUUGAUCCUCAGAGGUCAGAUUUUCCACAAUGAGCCAUGGAAAUGCAAACCCGUCGUCACCUUCAGGAAUUUUCCUUUUGUUGGAGCUGUUUAAUAAAGUCUUUGCUACACGUGUCAUUUAUGAAUAUUCCAAGUUUAGUUCUCAUUUCAGCUCCCAAGUCGAGUGGCAUUGGUCGUCGGCGGGUUUCAAACCAGUCUGAUAGGUGAACUAAACCCAAACACUUCAUGUUGAGCAAUGAAUAUGUGUAAAGUAACAUGUAAGAUUGAAGACUGUUAAGCAGCAACAUUUCAAUCUGCCUUUUUCUGAACUCACUGUGUAAUGGAUGCAAGAGUAUUGUAACUUACUAUGUACUAAAACAUUUAUGAGAAAAGACCAUGUAAAUAAGAUUAUAUUAAAAGAAAUUAC